AUGGCGCGGUAUUUGGCGGGCGGAGCAUUGCGUACGCGUAGGCUUCAGAAAUCCUCUCUUUCUACUUCUUCCUUCUAUCUCGCUCGCUCCAUCUUCAAUCCCUUAUCUUCUCCUCCUCCUCCUCCUCCUCCUCCUACUACCUUUUACAAAAUCCCAAUCACUAAUCCUAAUUAUCCCAACACCUUCACUCCCACCUCUGAAGUUUUCAAAUUCGGUCGGGAUUUUCGAUCCUUUGCCCACAUUUCAACAAGCAGCGUCGAGGAAAAGAACAAUGAUGAUGGUGAUCGAUCCAAGGCGGCGGCAGCAGAGGUGGUGGUGUCUUCUUCUUGGAUUGACUUGUAUUUGCCGAAGCAUGUUCAACCUUAUGCUCGUCUCGCUCGCCUCGAUAAGCCCAUUGGGACUUGGCUCCUUGCUUGGCCUUGUAUGUGGUCGAUUGGCUUGGCGGCAAUUCCGAGACAUUUGCCUGAUUUUAAGAUGAUGUUGCUGUUUGGCUGUGUAUCUUUGAUUUUUAGGGGUGCUGGAUGUACCGUAAAUGACCUCAUCGAUCGCGACAUUGAUACAAAGGUGGAACGUACAAAGUUGCGACCAGUUGCAAGUGGUAUUUUGUCACCAUUUCAAGGGCUUUGUUUUCUUGGGUUUCAAUUGCUUUUGGGUCUUGGGAUUCUCCUUCAAUUGAAUAAUUAUAGCUGCAUUUUGGGGGCUUCAUCCUUGUUGCUAGUCUUCUCCUAUCCUCUCAUGAAGAGGUUUACAUUUUGGCCUCAAGCCUAUCUAGGUUUGACCUUUAACUGGGGUGCUCUAUUAGGCUGGGCUGCGGUUAAAGGAAGUCUGGAUCCAGCUAUAGUGCUCCCAUUGUACAUUUCUGGAGUAUUUUGGACUCUUGUGUAUGAUACGAUAUAUGCACAUCAGGAUAAAGAAGAUGAUUUGAAAGUGGGUGUUAAAUCUACAGCUUUGAGAUUUGGGGAUUCAACUAAGGAGUGGAUUACUGGGUUUGGAAUUGCAUCCAUCAGUAGUCUUGCCCUCUGUGGCUAUAAUGCUGGGAUUGGGUGGCCAUAUUAUGCAUUUCUGACAGCUGCAUCUGGACAAUUAGCUUGGCAGAUAUGGACGGUUGACCUAUCAUCACGUGCUGAUUGCAAUAGGAAAUUUGUUUCCAACAAGUGGUUUGGUGCUAUUAUUUUCAGUGGGAUCUUAUUUGGAAGAAUUUCAUCAUAGUGGGACACUGUAUAUUGGAUUUGCAGGGAACGAAGGCUUCCAAAUUGAAUAAAUGGUUGAGCAGUUUAAGUUCAUUUAAAACAAUAGUAAGCUGCUCUCUCUCUCUCUCUCUCCAAGACACACGUGUGCACACACACAUACAUGAAUAUACACUGAAUUGAUAGACUUGAAUAGGUGUUCGUGGGUCAGUUCAGGUUGGUAACAUAUUGACCCGCUACUGACCGAUGGGUAUGGUGAAACCACCCACCCAAUGGGAUCAUUGGGUUGGGUUGCAUGUUAGAAAAAACCAAUCUUGAUUCUUGUUUGGAUGGUGUUCAGAAUUAUCUUCCAUUGAAAUGCAUGGUUUAGGUGGACUUUUUAGUACAAAAUUACUUGAGGUUCAAACCAGACUAGAUGGUUCAACUGGGAACUAGGCCCUAAACCGGUCUAGUAAAAACCAGGAACCGAUCCCUUUUUAGGUUCUUUGACCAUUCUUGUAUUUAAAACCAUGGUUUUUUUGUUUGUUUUGUUUUUGGGAUGAGAUUUCAAAGUAGUCAGUUUACAAGAAAUUUGAAAAUUUUAAACAUUGUCGAAUAUUUGGACCAUUUAGCUAUAUCAAAGAUGGAAGACAGAGCUGCAACAUGCCUUCUGUUAGUCCAAGUGAUUGGCUCUGAGUCCAUUAUAUUUCAGAUUUAUU